CGACCGAGUGCACUGCACGGAGGGCUCGGCUGUGUUUGACAUCGCUGCUUCGUUAGUCGAUCGCGUGCGUUCUACACUGUCACGUUUGCAGCGGUGUAUUUAAAGAAUUCUAGCCAAUGUUAAGCGAAAAUAUGUAAGGAAGCACAUAAUCGCUUCUGUUCCGCAGUGUACGCAUUUAGAAUCGAAUCGCGUUAUUUAGAAAUGACUACGCGUAGACGUUAGUUUCAGUUUUUUCCGUAAAUCGAUCCCUUUGCUGUUUGACGUUUGUUGGAUUAAUGGCAUUUUAUAAACACUAAUCUAAAAUGUCGGACAUUGAAGAAGAUGAGUUUCAAGAUGCUCAUGAGUCCAUACCGGAACCUACCACCAUGGAUCUGGAUACAGCAAUAAUGGAAGCAAGGAAAGCAAUACAUUGCUUUUUCAACAAUGAUUUCGAGGAAGCAAGAAAAAUUAUGGCACCAUGGGCAGACAGGAGCAUGUAUCAUUCUUUAGGAACGAGUGUAUUUGCAUUUCUCGAAGCCAUUCUUACAUUCGAACAAAAAUACAUUGAAAAAGCAGCCGCAGCCGUGAAACAAUGUAUGAGCGUAUGCUUGAAGCAACGUAAACACGUUACGCUAACGCAAAAUAUUGGCAAAAUGGUCAAGAAGACUAAUUACGAUAAUUAUACAAUUGAGGAAGUGCAUGCGGAGCUCUGUUAUGCCGAGUCACUCCUUUUAAAAUCGAUGCUCACGUUCGUGGAAGAUGAAACUCUGGUCAGCUUCGUUAAAGCUGGAUUGAAAAUUCGUACCUGCUUUCUGUCGUAUAAGGAAUGUUUAACAAUUUUAAAUAGCCGUAAGUGGGAGAAUGAUGCUCAUAAAAUACAUUUCGAAAGCGGCGUUCGCACGGGAAUCGGAGCAUUUAAUUUGAUGAUUUCACUGUUACCUGCGAAAAUUAUUAAACUGUUAGAGUUUAUUGGAUUUUCUGGCAACAAGGAGUAUGGUUUAUCGGAAUUAGAAGCAGGAUACAGAGAAAGAAGAGGGCUGAGGCACGUGUUGUGCGCGAUGAUUCUUUUAUCUUACAACCUGAUAGUAUCUUUCGUGCUGAGUCACACAGACGGUGAUCUUGGCUGGUGCGAAAAAGUUUUAGAAGAGGAAUUAAGCCUUUAUCCGAACGGCGUUUGGUUUUUGUUUUUCAAGGGCCGGUUAGAAUUGGCAAGAGGAAAUUUUGAGAAUUCCAUAGAAUGGUAUACCAAGUCCUGGAAGAGCCAAGAGUUAUGGCCUCAAUUUCAUCACCUUUGUUUUUGGGAAAUGAUGUGGGCGCAUUGUUCUCUGCAGCAAUGGAGUCGGGCCGCAACGUUCGCUAGCACGUUGGCCGACGAAUCGAACUGGUCGCGUACCAUUUAUUUGUAUCAGAAAGCCGCUAUACUUAUCAUGCAGAAACCACCGUCUAAAAGCGAAGAGAAACAGCUGAUAGAUACUUUAAUGAUGCAAGCGCCUACGCUUAAACAACGCAUAGCGGGAAAGUCAUUGCCGAUGGAGAAGUUUGUAAUUAAAAAAACCGAACGUUAUUUUGCUCAGAAAAAAAAUCUAGUCCUUCCUGUAUUUGAACUUAUGUACGUGUGGAACUUAUUCCGAAUAGUUGGCAAACGUCAAGAUUUAAUAUUAAAUAUAUUUAAAUUGGUAGAAGAGGCUGAGAAGGAACUAACGAAAAUGUCGAAAACUGAGUUUCAUACGGAUAACGAAGCGCUCUUGUUGCUUCUAAAGGGCGCUUGUUUACGGCAGAUGAAACAUCCUUUGUUAGCCGAGGAUUGUUUAACACGUGUUCUCAGGUUGGAUAAAUUAAUUAAAGAGGACACCUAUAUACUUCCUUACGCAACAGUAGAGUUAGCUUUGUUGGCACAAGAUCAAGGAAACAUUCAACUUGCUAUUGGAUUUCUGGAAGAUGCUAAAAAAAACUUUACUGGAUAUCCAUUAGAAUCGAGAUUACAUUUUAGAAUUCAUUCCGACUUAAUGAAAUUGACCGGGGAAAAGGCUGAGGAUAUUUCAGUGUAAUGAUAUCCAGGAAAUAUAAGGUUUAUGGACAAAUUUAAUUACUGCCAAUAGUAUCACUAUUGCAGGACCAAGCACUGCUGAUUUUGUUAACGAGUCGUUUUUACGGAGCAAAUUGUUAUAUAAUUUUUAAUUUGUUUUAACAGAAUGAUUAAUUUCUUCUGACAUUAAUCUUUUUCUAUAUUAUAAUAUACCGUAAACGUCCGGUUGCUGAUUCUCACACGUGGAUUAUUAAUUCUAGCGAUCGACGUUCGUUAAAUGUUACACAUGUAGCUAGUGUACAUGUCACAACUAGUUCAAAUGGUCUAAAGAAAGAUUUAGGGAUUAAAUUAUUUUUUUAAUUUUAAAUUAUUUUUACUAUGAAAUACAUUAAUAAACCAUUAUAGGCACCAAUUUAAUUGGUGUUAGUAAAAGUAUAAUAUCAGUGUUGUUUGUGUGUAUACAUACACGCGAUCUUUGACACACAUGUUGCAUUUACACUGUUUCAUAAAUUGUAAAUCGAA